AUGGAUUACAACGACAUCGGACACAUUGACGACGAUGAGCAUUUCCCCCAGCCGGUCAAAUCAAAACUUUUGCAAGCCAACAAGGCAUUGGUCCCGGGGGAAUUGGCGAGGUACCUUCCCGGCUGGCAGCUGAUACAGCUGAGUGCUAUACGAUGGACCUCUCAUCGGGUACUCAAGCAGGGUGUAUUUGUUUUGGUGAGACCAGCGGACAGAAGCAAGGGACACAAGGUGGGGUGUAUAGCUCACGUGUGGCAGGCGAAAAAAAGGUCUCGAGUGUCCUUUUGGGUGUGCUACACCGAGUAUGAACGAGGCAACAUUGAUCCAUACUAUCAAUUGCGGUGCAUUAGGAGGAGCGGAUCAAACCGAUUUGCUCGUAUCAGGGAAAUCUUCAAGGAUUUGGUUUUGACCCUCAACGUGCAGCACAACUGUGUUGCCGGAGGUUGUGAGGUGUCAGCAACAGGGCGGGUUUGUGUUGAGCGGGAGGAAUCCGAGGAAAACAAUGCCACUGUGGCGCAUAAGGAUGCUGAUUGUUUUGUGGUCAACUCUGGCGAAUUGCCCAGGAAUAAGGAGCUCGUCGAAUGGGCGGAUGUCCCAAGGGGAGAAGAGCACAUCCAACACCUCAUUCCGAUGUUAGAGGGAGGGCUGGCUGCCUGGCUUGGGGCAGGUGGGAGUGUUUCCAACGACGAAGAGGCCGCGGAAGAUGAUUGA